AUGGAUGCAGACCCGCCCGUGAUGAAGCCAAAUGGGCAUGAAAAUAGUGAUGGCCAGGAUAAUUCACUCACAACACCGAUGCCACAAGUUCUCUUAGGCGAGGACCCAUAUGACUCUGGUUACUUCUCCAACUCAGCUAGCAGCAAAUGGUCUCCAAAUAUCGAUACUCGGGACGGUCUCAACACACUCUUUACCCCUAUUGAUACACAUAUCAACAAUGAUACGGAAGACUUCGGUGAUUUCGCGGACUCCGACAAUGAGAUGGAUGUUGAAGAGUCCUGCGAGUCCUGGAAGGCAUACGAUAGUCGUGAAACCUCCUACGUCUUCUACCCCGUUUACGUUGGCGAAGUUUUGAACCAAAGGUACCAAGUCGAGCACAAAAUCAGCCACGGGGCUACGUCGACUGUUUGGAUGGCCCGCGACCUUCAGGGCGAUAUUGAUGUUGCAUUGAAAGUCAUGUGUUCUGGGGAAUGGGCCGAACACGAAAUCUGUAUACAGGACGAAGUCCUUCAAAGUGUUCAGGAAACGUCCCACCUUGUGACAUAUAUAGAGACCUUUGUGCUUCAUGGAGAUGAUAGAGAUCAUCAAGUUCUCGUGCUUCCCCUGGUUGGCCAGUACGUGGUGCCUCAUGUUCUAAAGAGAGCCCCUAUGACAACUCGUAUGUCGGCUGCGCACCAGCUCCUCAAGGCUCUAGAAGGCUUACACAAGGGACAAAUUAUCCACCGUGAUCUAACAGACCGGAAUUGUAUGUGGGGCAUGACUCCCCUCCACAACCUAAUUAGAAGCGCUAAAUACAAGGCACUUCGUCGCCCUCUCAAGAAAGCCAUACCAUUCACCAAACUCGCGAAAUACGGGGAGCUUGUUCGCCCGAUGAAAGUUCCAGACAGAUUACGCACAGAGCAAUUCUAUCUCGCGGAUUUCGGUCUCGCAAUGAAAGUUGGCGAUGAGCCUUUAUAUGGAUUUCCACCUAUGCAGUUUUGCUCCCCCGAUCGCCUUCACGGCCAGAACCCGACCUUUGCCUGUGACAUGUGGAGCUACAUGAUUGUCUUUGCGGAACUUUACCUCAGUCACCCGCCUUUUCCAGAUCUCGGCGAGGGCGGAGUGGUAACUGGUAUGGUGCAAUUCCUGGGUCCACUGCCUGCUGAGUGGAAGGGAUCCUACAUCAUCGACGGAGACCAUUUGGACUCAUGGUAUGACCAAGACGAGAAAUUCGAUCCGAAACUGGCACUUGACGAAAGAAUCAAACACUUCCGCCCCGAUGUUGAUCCUGUUGAGCGAGAGCUUGUACGCUCUAUCAUGGCCCAAGUGUUUACAUUUGACCCGAGCAAACGUUUGAGUGCCACAGAGCUCCUAGAGGAUCCGUUAUUCAAGACUCUCAUGGAGAUCUAUGACUGUUGA